AUGAGCUCCAGCGCCAACAACGCAAAUGGAAGCUCCCCUUCGGAGCACUGGCGCCUUCGACGCCCAUCUAACAUGCGCAAUGGUACCUUCAUUGUUCCUUUGACGGGCGAGCGAUCACGACAACAAUUUGACUUGCGGACCUCUGUCGACAUAGCCGCCGCCAGCAGCGGGGAUAACUCGUCCGACGAAGCCGACAGCGAGCCACCCAUUAUCAAGCAAGGGUUUCUCGAGAUACUGAAGCAGGAGGCAAAUGAGAAGGCGGAGGCAGUAUGGGAAUGGAUCAAUUCGGAACAAGGACAUGGCGUGCUAAAAUGCACCUUUGCUUACCUGCUAGGUAGCAUGGGAACAUUCUGGCCGCCUCUUUCCGACUUCCUUGGACACCGCGAUGGGAAACACGUCGUUGCGACUUUGACUGUUUAUUUCAACCCCGCUCGCUCUGCUGGAUCAAUGCUGGAAGCCAUCGCGAUCGCUAUUAUCGCCGUGAUAUAUGCCGUGUUGGUUUGCCUGCUAUCGAUGCUCAUUGUUAUCUUUGGGCGGAAGUUCGGGGUUGUCGAUGCGGCGCACUUCCUCGUCUUGGUUGUCUGUAUCGGUGGUGGUCUUGGGUUUGUCGGUUGGGUAAAACAAAAGAUGAAUCAGCCGCUGGUCAAUGUCGGAUCUACGUUGACAUCAAUUGCCAUCAUUUCGGUCGUCACCAAGGAGGAGUCCAUCCAGGAUGGUUAUUUCUCGGCUGUCAAGAUUGUGCAGGUCCUCAAGAUGCUCGUCUUGGGCAUCUCCUUUACAUCUGCCAUCAAUUUUCUCGUCUGGCCAGUCUCGGCUCGACGAGUUUUACGAACCGCGAUUGUCAAAGCAUCCUUGGCCCUUAGCGACAAGUUAUCGAUUGUCUCUGAGAGUUUCCUUAACGGAUCCGAAGAGGAACUGAAGACAAAGGAGUAUGCUCAAAUCAGAGACAGCUACAACAGUGCCUACUCGCAAAUCACCAAGAUGACACGAGAGGCUAAGAAUGAGUAUUAUGUUGUUGGGAGAGAGAAGCUAUAUCAACUAGAUAAAGCCCUCGUGAAGUCGGUGGAGAGGCUAUCACAAGCUAUCGCAGGUCUCCGAAGUGCGCUGGACACUCAAUUCACCCUUCUAAAAGAGACACCUACAGGAAGCCAGCAAAUUCUGGAUAACAUGCCCCUUGUUCUCAGCCCCCCGACGUCGCCAAAGAUUCCUCGUACCUUAUCUGCGUUGUUCGUGGCCCCGAUAGGAGACCUAUCUGCCAUCAAUGAAUCAGAUGAAGACCAAAAGCCUCAAAAGGACCUCCCCCGACCUAAAUCGGACCCUUCAUUGGAUCAAUCACCCAUGUUCCGCUACCCCUCUGAUAUUUUCGCCCAUUUCAUCGAGCUCCUUGGUCCUUCCAUGAAGUCCUUAUCCUAUACUCUAUCUGAAGCUCUGAGGGAAUCACCCUUUGGUGAUGACCCUAUUAGACACGUGAAGGUGAAUACUCAGCUACGACGGAGUCUGCAAGAUGCUCUUGGCCUGUACAAUGAAGCGAGGGGAAAGGCCCUUCAGAACCUCUACACAAGCGUGGAGCUGGGACGUUCGCGAUCCGAGGAGAUACAAGCAGAUUUCGAAGAAGUGGCUGCUGCAUGUGGGCAUUUCUCUUUUAGUUUACGAGCCGUGGCGGAGGAGAUGGACGCCUAUCUUCUUGUCCUCGAAGACCUCCAGUUUGUGCAGGAAUCUUCGAAUCUGAGCUGGAAUUGGCUCAAGUUUUGGAAACACUGGAGCUUUGGAAGGAAGAAAGAAGGCCUCCGAUUUACGGAUCCCGAGCAGGAGGAACUUCUUCCCAGCCAGCCCGUCAAUCGUCUUAGGCAAAGCGCUUUGCCAAAAGGAAUACCCAAGCAGAUGAUCUCGCGCCGAGAUACCUUCAAUUGGGAUGCUGCGCCUCAUGCUAAUAGGAUUAAGAGGGCAUUCUCACAAAAGGUACUCAAAUUAAUGCGCUUUUUGACCCGAGAGGAUAUUAUCUUUGGUGUCAAGGUUUGCAUUGGUGCUAUACUAUACGCCCAGUUCGCUUUUAUUCCUAGCACACGCCCCAUCUACGAGACAUGGAGAGGUGAAUGGGGGCUCUUAUCCUACAUGAUUGUUGUCGCUAUGACAACAGGUGCCUCCAACACUACCAGCACUUCUAGGUUUAUCGGAACCCUGAUUGGCGCCGGCUGCGCAGUGGUAGCCUGGAUCAUCGGCCAAGAGAACCCAUUCUUGUUGGCCUUCUUGGGCUGGCUUGUUGCGCUCUGGAACUCGUAUCUGAUCGUGGUUCUCAACAACGCUUCCAUGGGCAGAAUUUGUCUGUUGGCAUACAACGUGAUCACGCUUUAUGCCUACAGCAUCUCUCAGGAUGUCGACGACGACGAUGACGAUGAAGGAGGAACAAGCCCCAUGAUCUUUGAAAUUGCUUUCCAUCGUGUUGUCGCCGUGACAAUUGGAAUCCUUUGGGGAAUGAUAUUUUGUCGAUUGGUGUGGCCUAUCUCUGCUCGUCGCAAAUUCCGCGAAGGUCUCGCGGUUCUCUACCUUCAGAUGGGCCUUAUUUGGAAACGUGGCCCGCUGGCUGUUCUCAAGGACUCGAGAAGUUUGCCCGACUACAUGCGAGAGGGCGAGCAGGCCGCACUUCAACGUUAUGCCUACAAGCUUGAAAGCCUCAGAACUUCUGCUCAGGCUGAGUUCGAGCUGCGAGGCCCCUUCCCGAGUGCAUCUUAUGGCAGGAUCAUGCGUUCAACCAAACACAUCCUGGAUGGUUUCUAUGCCAUGCGACUCAUCGGCCAGAAGCGUGCGCAGCUAUCCGAGGGAGAAUGCGCCCUUCUUGACUUCACAGCCGAGGAACGCGAACAACUGUGCCAACGAAUUUGCCAUGUAUUCCAGGUACUCGCCUCCUGCAUCAUGCUCGAGUACCCCCUCACGGAUGCCAUCCCCACCGUUGACCGUAACAAGGACCGCCUCCUGGGCAAGAUAUACCAAUUCCGCAAGGACCACAUGGCCGAUCAGCUCAUCAACAAUGGCCACGCCGCCAUUGCGGACGAGAGCGACUAUGCCCUCCUGUAUGCAUACACGCUCGUGACGGCACAGGUGGCCGAGGAGCUCAAAAAGGUCCGCGAGGAGAUUGAGGCAUUGUUUGGUGUGCUCCACGAAGAAUCACUUUUGCUUGAGUAG